AGAACGAUCAUGAUGAGGGGUGUUUUCCUGAUUGCAAGCCUUGUGCUGGCUUCAAUGGUGGUUGUUAGCCAUGCAGCGACCUUCAAACGGCACAAUAUGUUGCUGGUAGCAAACGCGGGCUGCAGCGGUGCGGGAGAGCCGUUCCCCAACCCCGAGGACUGCGGCAGCUUCCUGCAGUGCGAGGCGUCGGGCGUCGCAGCGGUCAAGCAGUGCCCCGCCUACCUGCACUUCAACGCGGAGCUCAAAGUGUGCGACUACCCGUGGUCCGCCAACUGCAAGGAGGCGGACAGCUCGUCUGGGGACAGUUCUUCUCAAGACGGCGACGAUUCCUCAUCUGAAGAGGCAGACAAGCUCAUUGCUAAAGUCAUUAAGAAAGCAAAGUCAGGCGCAGUAGCAACGAAACCAAAUGCCACUGCUUUUCAGGCCUAA